CGGGCGCCGACCCGAGAGCGCGGAGGGCGGCGAGGAACCGGGGCCGGAGCGGGAGGCUGAGCGGCACACGGCCCCGCUGCUUCGACCGGACUUCCCCAGAGGAGCGUGCGUGCCCAGGAGGACCGCUUUGCCCCAGCCGCGCAGUCCCAGCCAAAUGUGGGGGGCGGCCGCUCAGAGGCAUGCCCCCCACCCGGACACACCACCCCCACUUUCUCCCGCUGCUGCUGCUGCUGGCCUGCCAGCCACAGGCCCCCUCCGCCCAGGUGAUGGACUUCCUGUUUGAGAAGUGGAAGCUGUACGGUGACCAGUGUCUCUACAACCUGAGCCUGCUGCCCCCCCCAACCGAGCUGGUCUGUAACAGAACCUUCGACAAGUAUUCCUGUUGGCCGGACACCCCUCCCAACACCACGGCCAACAUCUCCUGCCCCUGGUACCUGCCCUGGCACCACAAAGUGCAACACCGCCUCGUCUUCAAGAAGUGCGGGCCUGACGGGCAGUGGGUGCGCGGGCCCCGGGGGCAGCCGUGGCGGAAUGCUUCUCAGUGCCAGAUGGACGACGACGAGAUUGAGGUCCAGAAGGAGGUGGCCAAGAUGUACAACAGCUUCCAGGUGAUGUACACGGUGGGGUACUCUCUCUCCCUGGGGGCCCUGCUCCUGGCCCUCGCCACCCUGCUGGGCCUCAGCAAGCUGCACUGCACCCGAAACUACAUCCAUGCAAACCUGUUCGCGUCCUUCGUGCUCAAGGCCAGUUCCGUGCUGGUCAUCGACACGCUGCUCAAGACCCGGUACAGCCAGAAGAUCGGCGACGACCUCAGCGUGAGCGUCUGGCUGAGUGAUGGGGCAGUGGCCGGCUGCCGGGUGGCCGCGGUGUUCAUGCAGUACGGCAUCGUGGCCAACUACUGCUGGCUGCUGGUGGAGGGCGUGUACCUGCACAGCCUGCUGGGCCUCGCCGCCUUCCCGGAGAGGAGCUUCUUCGCCCUCUACCUGGGCCUCGGCUGGGGUGCCCCCAUGCUCUUCGUCAUCCCCUGGGCUGUGGUCAAGUGUCUGUUUGAGAACAUCCAGUGCUGGACGAGCAACGAUAACAUGGGCUUCUGGUGGAUCCUGCGCUUCCCCGUCUUCCUGGCGAUCCUGAUCAACCUCCUCAUCUUCACCCGCGUCCUCCGCGUCCUCGUGGCCAAGCUGCGAGCCCGCCAGAUGCGCUACACCGACUACAAGUUCCGGCUGGCGAAGUCCACGCUGACCCUCAUCCCCUUGCUGGGGGUCCACGAGGUGGUGUUUGCCUUCGUGACGGACGAGCACGCCCAGGGGACCCUACGCUCCGCCAAGCUUUUCUUCGACCUCUUCCUCAGCUCCUUCCAGGGCCUGCUGGUGGCUGUUCUGUACUGUUUCCUCAAUAAGGAGGUGCAGUCGGAGCUGCUGCGGCGCUGGCACCGCUGGCACGUGGGCAACUCGCUGCGGGAACAGCGCCACGUGCACAGGCCCUCGGCCUCGGCCCGGCCCCGGGGCCGCCCCCCCAGCGCGAAGCUGCUGCUCUCCGGGGGCGGGGGCGGCAGCAACGGGGCCGGCCGGGACCCCUCCGCGGAGACCGGCCGGGUCAGCAGCCUCCCUGGGUUGGCCGAGAGCCCCUUCUAACGCCCCCGCGGGCCCCGCCGAGGCCGGACUCGGGUGCUGAGAGAGGGCCCUGCUGAACCACCCAGAGCCCAGGCUGGAGGGACGGGAGCCGGACAGCGGCCCCACCGUCCACCCGUGCCCCGCCCGGUGUGGGAGGUCUGAGGGCCUCCCUUCUGCCCUGUGCUGGGGGGGGGGCGGGGGCGGGGUGUGACGGGAAGCCGUGCUGUGAGAGCCUGCCGGUGUAGCCGGUGUUUAAGGACGUGUGUACCCUCCAACAAUAAAGAGUCUGAGUAGCGGCCGCA